AAAACUUCAGAGUGGUCGAAGAAGUCAGUCAUGGAGUGCAGUUGAAUGGGUGUUGUUGUGUGGCUGCUGUAGAAAAGUGAAGAGUCCUCCCAUAGAUGGUCAAAAUCAAUAACAAAGGUGAUAAAAUGUGGUAAUAUGGCUGUUGUGGGAUCACUGGAACGCAUCCUGGAGGAUGCCCAGCUGAGUGGAGAGCUAAAAUUGAGCGGAAGGAAGCUGCGGGACCUCCCAAAAGCGGCCGGAAAAUACAAUUUGAGUGAUACAGUUUUCGCAGAUCUAUCACGAAAUCGUUUCUGUGAACUGCCCGAAGAUGUGACAUCAUUCCCAUUCAUGGAAACCCUCCUGGUCUAUCACAAUGCAAUUCGCUCAAUCCCAGAGACGGUAAAGGAGUUGCGUUCACUAACAUAUCUAGACUUACGAAGUAAUCAAUUGUGUGUGCUUCCACGAGAAAUAUGUCUGUUGCCACUGAAAGUGCUCUUGGUGGGGAACAAUCGUCUGAGUGCAUUGCCAGAGGAGAUGGGGCGUAUGGAGAAAUUGACUGAACUCGAUGCGGCUUGCAAUCAAAUAACACACUUGCCGGCACGCAUGGGUGACCUGAGGAGUCUCCGAUCGCUGUCGUUGCGAAAUAAUCUGCUGGUCUAUUUGCCGCGGGAGGUGACAACACUGCAAUUGGUGUCACUUGAUCUCAGUUGCAAUCGCAUUGCCACGUUGCCCGUGGAAUUGCGACUGAUGACGUCUCUCGUUGAUCUCGAACUCGAUAGUAAUCCCCUGACAUCACCACCGGCAAGCUUAUGUGUCCGUGGGAUGGUGCACGUAUUUAAGUACCUCGAGACGAUGGCACUGCGUGAGGGGCGCAAUAUUGUCGAUGGGAAUGCCACCCUGAGACGCUCAGCUGUUUCCCAAUCCAUGCGUACGUCUACGGAACGACAGAGACGUGGGCAUGUGGAUUCGGGGUAUAGUACGACGAGUGAUAGUGGUUUUGGGAUGGAGAAACGAUGGUCCAAUGAUGACAAUAGUCCAAAGAGAUCCCCAGUGGCGCUCCAUGUGAAGCCCGAUGCUGCGUCCCCAGUCACAAAUACCUCCCCCAGCAAUGGGGAUGACCAAGUGGGGCAUAAGCAUGUGAUUCACAUUCAGGAGAAGCACGUAAAUUCAAUUGAAUUAUCCCCAGAGGCGGGUGAGGAUGGUGCAAUAGAGAAUGGGGUUGGUAUGGAUAGGAAGCACCUUGGUAAUGUGCAAACGUACCGUGAGUACAAAGAAGCUCUGCGGCAGCAACGGAAUCAAGAAGCAUCGUCGGUGUAUCGUUCCAAGGAGCACACACCAACAACCCCAUCGCCCAAAAGCCAAAGUUCACCAAUAUCGCCGCAGCAUAGCUUCACGAGUAAAUUGGGUAACGCAAACCAAAUGAUAUCAAACCAAAUUGCCGUUGACAAUAGGAAGCACACGGAGGAUGCUGCUGCCGCCCAACGGCGACCUAUUCAGAAGGUACCACCAUCGAGGAAUGUUUGCCAAGAGAAUGGGAAUACCUCACCGCAGCAGAAUGGUGGUGGUACGGGUAAAAAGUACGCAGAAUGUAAUUCAUACGUUAAGCCCAGUAGCCCAGUUCCGGUGGGGAGUAAAGAGACGAGCCCAGUACCGGGGAAUGGUGGGAAGGUCAAUGGAAGCAUAAGGAGUGCUGUGAGUACGGGUAAAUCAACAUCGAAACAAGGACGGACGGUGUCGUGGAAUCGUGAGAUUCCUCCAGAGAAGCUCAGCUUCACCAUGAGGCGGGAAUUUGAUCGGCAAAAGGAAGAAUCUGAGCUUAUUCAGCAACUGAGACAGAUUAUUGAGACACGCCUCAAGUUAACACUCCCCGAAGAUAUUGCUCCUGCACUCACGGAUGGUGUUGUUCUGUGCCAUUUAGCAAAUCACGUCCGGCCUAGAUCUGUGGCCAGUAUUCAUGUGCCAUCACCGGCAGUGCCGAAACUUACAAUGGCGCGAUGUCGUCGCAAUGUGGACAACUUUCUGGAAGCAUGCAGGAAGAUUGGCGUUGAUGAUGAGUGGAUAUGCUCCUGUGCUGAUAUUGUGGCACCCGAUUGGGAGGAUUCCAUGGGCAUUGAUGGGCAUUUAGCAGCACCACCCAAUCCGUCUGCAUUGUUUGCCACUGUGGCCGCAUUGGUUGAUAUAAUGAUGGCGCAGGAGGAUGGCACAGUUGAGGUUGAUGGGCAGCCGCUGAUGGAGGAUAUUUGUCCUGAGGUGCAGCCAGCAACCAACACCAAUCAACAGCGAGACAACGAUUGCUACGAUGAGUAUUUUAAGAGUCGUGGCAUCCAUUUUCCAAAGACCACACUCACAAAUAAUGGCACAAGUCGUGGCAAUGGCUGUGGUGGUGGUGGAAGGAAGAGAAAAGUGCCCCAGACAUUGGAUCUCUUUGCAACAUCACGGGGCAAUGGGAAGGCAAAAAUGUUUGUGGGAAAGCGCCACUUUGCGGACACAUUCCCAGCCAUCAGUGAAAUGACGGAGGAGUGUGAAUAUGAUUCGGAUAUUGGAAAGUUCAAUUGCCGCACUGAACAUGAGAGUGCUGUUGUGGAUGGGAUAAAUGAUUUGAGUACACCGUCGUGCCAUGGGAAGGGCCCGCUGGGCAAAUCCACGCUCGAUUCCGUUGAGAAUUACAAUCUCAACAAGAGUGAGGAUGCCGAUCGGAAGAUUGUUAUGAAGAGAAUUGAAUUUUUUGAAGGGAAAGUUAUAAAUCAAAAGACAGAGAACAACAAUGACUGUAUCAAGGCAACUAAUCAAUUGUCCACGUACCUCUGUCUGGGAACAUUCUUCUGCACUGUUCUCUUCCUUCUCAUUUUUCGACCUGGAAAUUGAGAAUCUCUCUGUUUUUAUUUUAAAAUUACUAUUCCUCCAUUAAAAAAAAAAAACAUUUUAUUAGUAUUUUUUGUAGUAAUUUUUUUUUGAUAAGUCUUUUUGAGGCUAUAAAUUUGAAAAUGAUUUAAUUUUACAAAGAAAUAACAUUGAAAUCUCACUUCCUUAUUGAAAUAAAAAAAAAACAUUGUUGUUCCACACAUGAAACUUCCAUGAAAAAAAAAAACAAAUAAUAGAAAUUUUAGAGCUAUAUUCAAUAGCUAGUCAUAAUGAAAAAAACAAGAGUUCAAUAUAAACAAAAAAACAAAUAAAACUUUCUUUUUAUUGUGGCUAAAAAGGCCACAGCUUCAUGUACUUAUUUAAUAUUUAAUUUAAUAUUUUAUUUUUAUAAAAGUUGUACCUUUUUAUUUCAAGGGGGUGAUUAGUUUAAUUUCUUGUUUAUUUUCUAAGUCCGACACACAUAAAACGUGUUUAUUAAAUACUUCAAGAAUUAAAGAGUUUUGUUUGACAUUUGAAGCAAAUUAUCAAAAUCUGAUAAAUUUUGUAUAUUUCAAAUUUUUCCAAAUUUUUUUUUGGUUUUAAUAUUUUUCUUAUAAAUUUAAAAUUUUCAAGGGUUUGGUUUUGUAUAGAAUAAAUUUAUCAAAAUCGGUUCAAGUAUGAAGAUCAUUUUUUUGUAAGUGAUCAAUAAAAAGUAGGUACACGUUUUUAAAUUAGAGAAUCUCAAGACUGUAGUCCGUAGAUUUAAACUUAAAAAAUAACUUUUCAACUCAGACCUGAUACAUUCUUAAACUCCUAUGAGAUUUAAUUAAAAUCGGACCUGGGAAUGAACUCUGAGAUUUUUUGCAUUUCUUAUUCUACUAAAAGCUUUUAUAUUUUAUAUUCAUUAAUCUUACUUAAAACUUUUAUAUUACUUAAUUUUGCUUUUACUUUGAAAAAUCUUUAUUGAAUCAAAUUAAAAUAUAUAAUAUUUUUGAAGGGUUCUAGGGCAAAAAAAAAAACUAUUUUUUAACACCACGCAUUUUAAAAUUUCUGUCCCUAUCUUAUUUCAGUAAAAAAAUUAAAAAAAAAAAACAAACAAAAAUUAGAAAAAGAAAUAUUAUUUUUCAGCUUUGCUAUACGAAUGAUUUUAAAACAAUUUGAACAGAGUCCAAAAUGUUGAUUUGCUUCAUGAAAAAAUAAUAAAGAAUUAUUCACGAUUUUGUAAAGAAUUUUAUAAAAUGAGCUUGAAUUUUAUGUGUGUCGCAAUUCUCAUAAAACUAUAUUUAGUGCGUGUUCCUAAAUCUUCAAAAAUAUAGACUUGAUUAUGAAGGAUAAUAAAUUUGAUAGCAAGAGAACGAUAUUUAUUAGGUUGCAACGGCUUCAAAUAAAUUUAUUUUUUAUUUCAGUGUACUUAGAAUGUGAAGGCAUUGAUUUAUAAAAUAUAUAUUUAUUAUUAGGUAUAUAUUGUAGAGUUUAGUAAAUACAAGAAGUAAUAUAAUUAAAAUGCUUUAUUUAUAUAUUAGGCGAGGAAAUAGCGCAAGUGGCUAUAAAUGAGGAAAAAUUGCAAAAGUUUAUAUACAGUGAAAUAUAUCAAAUCAAUCAAAAAAGGGAAACACAGUUGAAAACUGGUUUUACAUAGCAAUGCCUUAAACAUAUUGAAACAAGAUGGUUUUAAGAGGAGAUUUAAUAAAAAAAAAAUAAAAAUAAAAAGGCCGUGACCACAACAAAACAAUGAUACUUAUCCAUAAAAUUUUCUUUUUUUCAAAGGACAUUAAAAGGCAUUUAAGAAGUAUUCAUAUUUAGAGGAACUAAAAGAUGAAAGAUUUAUGAGGCAGUUAGACGUGUAUGUAGGUAGCUGUUGAAUAGGAAAUUUAAUAUUAAAAGUAUAACUUUAGUUUUCAUAUUUUUUUCAA